GUUUUUGACGCUCAAUGUAGACAUGGUGUCACUAUUCCCGACGGAGUAUAUGCACCUCAUAUGCUUAGGCGUCAUGCGCCGACUUCUCCGCAAUUGGGUCUGCCAGCGACACAAGACGAGGUUGAGCAGAGAGCAACGAAACCGCCUCAACGAAGGACUGCGACAGUCAGCCAUGUCCUUUCCAUCGUGUUUCCAGAGGAAGCCGAGAGGCACAGAAGAACUGGACCGCUGGAAGGCAACUGAGUUUAGGACCUUUCUGCUCUAUGUAGGGCCAGUGCUUCUGAGGUCUUUGCUGACAAAUAAGCAGUAUGAGCAUUUCCUGAUGUUCCAUGUGGCAGUGAAAAUACUUACAUCACCAGAACACCACACAACCUACAACCGAUUUGCCCGGGACUUGCUCAGAUACUUCGUACAAGAGUUUGGUGGUCUUUACGGAGAGAAACAGCUUGUUUAUAAUGUUCACAGCCUCAUCCACCUUGCCGACCAGUGCCUGGAUCAUGGCCCUCUAGAUGAGUUUAGUGCUUUCCCAUUCGAAAGCUACCUGGGGAAGAUAAAGAAGAAGCUUCGAUCCCCCCGUGAGCCACUUGCACAGCUUAGCAGGAGGUUGUCUGAAGUCCGAGACGUUUCCCACAUGCUAACGAAAGAAGUGCAGAAGUCUGUCAAGCCAGGGGACGUCUUCAUGCUGAACAAGUCACCUGUUGUCGUCCUUGAGAUCCUUCAAGACAGUUUCAAGGGAGGCAUCUUGCCAAAUGUAAGAGACUUCUUCAAGGUUCCCAUGAAGUCAUCGGAGCUUGGCGUCUGGAGGUGUGAUACCUUUAGACAGGGGACCAAGGUCUGGCCUCUUUCGGAUAUCCUGGAGGGAGUACAAUGCGUGAUGCUCAAGUACAAGGGAGGACAUGUCAUAUUACCGCUUCUUCACCUGAACUGA